AUGGCUCGACAAGUCCAAGUAGGCUCCAAACUUCCAGAUCUGGUGGGCGAGUCCCAAGUCGGAGUCGUCCGGGCUCAUGAUUACCUUGCAGGCGCGUGGGGCAUCAUCUGCUCAUUCCCACAGGCUCGACACCCGACGUGGUUGUCGGAACUCGGAGCUCUGCAAAAGCUGCACGAUCAGUUCGAGGCUCGCAACGCUCGUGUAUUGGCCCUGCACGUUGCUUCAUUACGAGAGCAGGGUCCGUUCCUUUCGGACGUCAAUGAAACUCAAGAAGUGAAGGUGGGGUUCCCUGUAUUAGCCGACGAAGACGGCGAAUUGUCUCGACGUCUAGGACUUGUAGUCGCUGGCGCGCCGAAACAUGCCGCCGACGCUGGACGCCUGCCGUUCAGCUGUACAAUUGUCCUGGAUCUCGACUUGACAGUGCGUAUGUUAACGUACUACCCCAUGAGUGUCGGUCGCAAUUUCUAUGAAGUGAUACGAUCUCUUGAUGCUCUUCAGCUCUGCACCUUUGAGCAAGUGGUGACUCCGGUGAACUGGAAAGUGAGCGAUGACGUAUUCGUAGAGCCCGAUGUGACUGCUGACGCUGCCAAGAAGUUCUUCCCGCAGGGAACACAUGAGAUCAAACCAUACGCGAGACUUACAGCGUCUCCUUCCAUUAGCAACGAUAAUUAA